AUUCUGUAUACACAAUUGAUAUACACCCAAUUGAUGAAAAUCUUGUGGUGUCUGGUGGUGGGGAUGAAAAGAGUUUCCUAUGGAGAUCAGAUACUGGUGAACAAAUAUGUGAACUUUUAGGUCACAAGGACACAGUUCAAUCAGUGUUAUUCAGCAAAGAUGGGCAAUAUGUAGCAAGCGGUGGUAUGGACGGUAAAAUUUUCGUAUGGAAAGUUGACAGUAAAGAACUCAUCGCAUCGUUAGAAGGCCCUGAAGAAGUCACUUGGUUGGAUUGGCACCCUAAAGGCACGGUUCUCCUAGCUGGAUCAAACGAUACGACGAUAUGGAUGUGGCAAAUUCCGUCUGGAACUUGUAUGAAUGUUUUUUCUGGACAUGCAGGUUCCGUAACUGCAGGUCAAUUCACACCUGAUGGUAAAAAAAUUGCCACAGGGUCAGAAGAUUCCUCUUUAAUAUUAUGGGAUCCAAAAACUGCAACAGCCACUUUAAAAAUAUCGGGGGAAGAUGCGCGAUUUCACAAAGAAGGCAUUACUUCACUUGCGAUAAAUAAAGAAAGUACAUUGAUUCUAUCUGGAUCUACAGACAAUUCAGCUAUACUAGUAAACUUAUCUAAUGGGACGAUCCUCGGAUCUUUUGAAAAUCACACGGAAUCAGUAGAAACAGUUGGAUUUUGUAAUGUUCUUCCUUUAUCUGCUACGGGUUCUGUGGAUAAUAAACUUAAUAUUUGGGAUAUUAAUACUAUGAGGUUGCGCCAAACAUGUCAUCAUGAAGACGCAAUUAUUAAACUUCAAUGGCAUCUCGAUUCGCCAUUAUUGACAACUUGCUCGGCAGAUCGGACGGUUCGAACAUGGGAUGGUCGAACUGGUAAUAAUGUUAGAACUUGGCGUGGACAUCAGGAUUCUAUAUUAGGAUUUUCUCUUUCAAAAGAUGGUAACAAGAUUAUAACGGCAGGCGAUGAUCACGUUUGCCUUGUAUUCAAUAUUUAA